AUGCAGCGCAUUCUCAGUGCCUACGAGAACUCCAGUGACACGGCCAGAAACCACUCGGACUGCCCACGGGUGGUCUUGCCCGAGGAGGUGUUUUUCACACUCUCCAUGGCUGGGGUGCUGGAGAAUCUGGCCGUCCUUCUGGCCGUGGUCAAGAACAAGCAUCUCCAAUCCCCCAUGCACUUUUUCAUUUGCAGCCUGGCCGUUUCCGACAUGCUAGGCAGCCUGUACAAGAUCCUGGAAAACAUCCUGAUCCUGCUCAGAAACACGGGCUACCUCAAACCUCGGGGCGACUUCGAAACGACGGCGGAUGACGUCAUCGACUCCAUGUUCGUCCUGUCUCUGCUGGGGUCCAUCUUCAGCCUGACUGCGAUCGCCGCGGACCGCUACAUCACCAUCUUCCACUCUCUGCAGUACCACAGCAUCGUGACCGUGCGCCGAGCCCUGGUCGCGCUCACCGUCCUCUGGGCACUCUGCACGGGGAGCGGCAUCACCAUGGUGAUCUUCUCUCAUCACAUCCCCACGGUGCUCACCUUCACCUCGCUGUUCCCGCUCAUGCUGGUCUUCAUCUUGUGUCUCUAUGUGCACAUGUUCUUGCUGGCCCGCUCCCACGCCAGGAGGAUCUCCACCCUCCCCAGGUCCAACAUGCGCGGGGCCAUCACCUUGACCAUCCUGCUGGGGGUCUUCAUCUUCUGCUGGGCCCCCUUCGUCCUUCACGUGCUGCUAAUGACAUUCUGCCCAGAUAACCCUUACUGCGCAUGCUACAUGUCUCUCUUCCAGGUGAACGGCAUGUUGAUCAUGUGCAACGCCGUCAUCGACCCCUUCAUUUAUGCCUUCCGGAGCCCAGAGCUCAGGGAUGCCUUCAAAAAGAUGAUCAUCUGCAGAAGUUCUCAUUUUCCAUUUCCUACAGAUAACAUGUUCAUGUACUUCCAGACUCUGUGCACAUUCAAGGCUUUAGGACACGCCAAGGACAUGGAGAAGCCUGGGAAAGGCAAUUUACUGGAGAAUUACAGGCAAUUUAUGGUAUUAGUUUUGCAUUACUUUAACGAAGCGCUGCCCUACCAUCCCCCACACUCACAAAACGCAAACCGCUGGGGCCACAAGACCUUCCACAUGAACUUCCAGAGAAACAUACCUGACUUUUAUACAGUGAGUCUCCCCAGGUAUUUGUUGUACAACCAGACAAAUGUACAUAGACCUCGGUUACGGCCCCCCAGCCCUACUGAAGAGAACUAUGUUUUAUAUGAAAGCAUCGAAGUAGAUCUAAGUCAGCUUGACUGGGAAAAUCUGUUCAUUGAAUCCAUCGAUAUCUACUACAUGCACGCUCCUACAAGCCAGAGCCAAGAAAUGAAGUGCAUCUCUGUAGAAGACAGAUCAGUUAGUGAGGACAUCGCUCCUCCUCUCCAGCAGCUGAGAGUACAGUGCUCCAAGAAGACAAUUAAAGAGAGCAACGCCAAGCCUAUGUGA